GAAACACCGUUUGAUCAGCAACAUGGCUCCUGGUCCGGAGGUGGAGGGCAUUGAUAUUUUUGUACGCAUUAAGCCUGUAACAAAGCCAUCAAAUCGCCUUGUUAUCGAUGUCUCCGAAAAUAAGCUCGAGUUCAAUAUUCCUCGUAAUGAAGCAGCAGGCCUUGUGAACAACCAGCGUGAACACUUUGAAUUUCGUUUCAAUGGCAUUCUCACGGCCGAAGCAAAGCAAGAUGAGGUCUUCGAGCGUGUUGCAAGGCCCGUGGUCACCGGCGCGAUGGAGGGCUACAACGGAACGAUUUUCGCGUAUGGUCAGACGGGUUCAGGGAAAACGUUCACCAUUACCGGAGGGCCAGAGCGCUACGUGGACCGCGGUAUCAUUCCCAGGGCAAUCUCAGCCAUCUUCAGCGAAAUCUCCAAGCGCCACGACUCCCAGUACACGGUCCACAUCAGCUACCUGGAGAUCUACAACAACGAGGGCUACGACCUGCUUGAUGCGGAGCGGGAGAUCAAAGCCAUGGAGGACCUGCAGCAGGUGCACCUGGGGGAGGCGGAGGACGGCACGGUGUCGUACCGCAACCUGUCGCUGUACCGGGCUAACAACGAGGAGGAGGCGCUGAACCUGCUCUUUCUGGGCGACACCAACCGCACCAUCAGCGAGACGCCCAUGAACAUGGCCUCCUCGCGCUCCCACUGCAUCUUCACAAUCCACAUAGAGGCGCGAAAGGCGGGUGAGGAUGUCGUACGGCGCUCCAAGCUGAACCUGGUGGAUCUGGCGGGCAGUGAGCGCGUGUCCAAAACAGGCGUGGACGGCACCACGCUGCGCGAGGCCAAGUACAUCAACCUCUCGCUGCACUACCUGGAACAGGUCAUCAUCGCGCUGCAGGAGAAGGCGAUGGGCAUGAACAGGCCGCACAUCCCCUACCGCAACAGCAUGAUGACCAUGGCUCUCAAAGACUCGCUGGGCGGCAACUGCCGUACCACCAUGGUUGCCACCGUCAACUCGGCGGCGGAUCAGCUGGACGAGUCCAUCUCCACCUGCAGGUUCGCGCAGCGGGUGGCCAUGGUCCGCAACACGGUGGUCCUGAACGAGGAGCUGGACCCCAGCCUCAUCAUCCGGCGUCUCAAGCAGGAGGUUCGCGACCUGCGCGAGGAGGUCAAGCUGCUCAAGGGCGAGGAGGAGGAGCGCGGGCCGCUCACGCCGGAUGAGAUUAUGAGGCUGCAGGGCACGGUGGAGAAUUACGUGGCGGACGACUCCCCCGAGGCUGCACUCAACCUGGGUGGGAGCAUGAUGAUGAUCCGAGCCGUCUUUGAGAUCUUCAAACGCCUGCUGCGAACCGGCGGCUUCAAGCUGGGAAGCGGUUCCGGCGGCAAGGGGCUCAGCCACAAGGAGGGUGGCGGCACCCCCAGCGGGGCAGCAGGCGGCGGCGGCGGCGAGGGUGUGGCAGGGCAGUCAGGUGCACACCCCGGGGGAGGCGAGGGCGAUGCGAGUGACCUGCAGGAGCAGGUUCGCAAGCUGAAGUUGCAAGUGGCUCAGCGCGACAACGAGAUCGGCAUCCUGGUGUCUAUGCUGAAGCGUCGGGAGGCGGGCGGCGGUCGCAGCGCGCCGCUGCUGGGCAGCCCAGCUGCCAGCGCGGCCAGCCUCAACACAAGCAGCUCGGGACCGCUGCAGCAGGGCGCGGCAGCGGCGGCGGGCGGGGGUGCCACGGCGGCGGGUGGGGCAGCAGGAGCAGGGGCGGGGCCGGGUUUCGGAGGUUCUGGGUCAGGGGAUGGGGUAGCAGGACCAGGACCGGGACCGGGGUCUGGAGGAGGAGGCGGAGGAGGGGCUGGAGGGGCUGCUUUGGUCGCGAGCUCCUCCGCCUCUUCCUCCGCUGCGGAUGAGAUGGCGGUGCUGAUGAACACCAACCUGUUGGCCGACCGCAACAAGGCCUUUGAGCUGUUCCGGAAGAGCUACCGGCAAAACGAGGUCAUCGAGGAGAACAAGGCGCUGCUGAAGACCAAGUGCGACAACGCCAAGGCACUAGGCGCCGCCGUAAAUGACUCCAGGCAGCGCAUCAAUGAGCUCCGCGCCGCCAUUUCACGGCACCGCAUGCAGCGGGGGGCGGCGGCGGUGGCGGCGGGCUUGUCGGUGGAGCAGAUGGAGGAGGAUGACGAGGAGCGGCGCUGCAAGGAAAGCAUCGAGCAGGAGAAGGCCCGCUACAAGGACGCCUUCGACCAGCUACGGGAGCUGAAACAGGAGAUCGAGCACCUGCAAUUGCUACUACAGCAGAGCCGGAUGCGGCUGCAGCGCGACUUUGAGCAAUGGAUGGGCCUUAUGCUGCGGCAGCAGCAGCUACAACAGCAGCAGCAAGCGGGAGAUGGUGCGGCGGCGGCGCUGACAGCGAUGCUUUCUACGUCCUCGUUCCCCGUGGCUAGCCCGGGCAUGUCCCCACACACGAGGCCCUCGCCAGCCGGGCCCCCUCCGGUGCCUCGCCAGGCGUGGGGCGAGCCCGCGGCAGCAGCCACCACCGCAUCGCCAUCGCCCUCCGCAUCCGCAUCCUUUGGGCCCAACGGCGCUCUCUUAAGAGGGCCCCAUCCCGGCGGCGGAGCCGGAGGCGCAGGCAGCUCGGGGUUCCCAUCCCCACACCAGUCGUUAUCACAACAACGCAUGAGUGGCGGGGCCCAGUCCUUCGCUGGCCCCUCCACGUCACAAUCGCCGUACCAGGGCGGCAACGGGCAUCAGGGCUCAGGCGGGUACGGCAACAUGGGCGGUACGGCAGCAGUAGCAGCAUCUCCAUCGUACGGGUAUGGUGCCGGGCCGGGUCCUGGCAGUAGCAGCAUGGGCGGCUUCGCGGCAGGCAGCGGGGGGUACCACGAUGGAGGGCCUGGUGGGGGUGCCGGGGGCGGAGGUGGAGGUGGGUGGGUGCAAGGGGUGGAUCCGGCGGUAUUAGAGGCGGCGCGACCAUUCCUGACGGGUAACCCGGAUGCGGAUGCCGAUAUCAUCAAGUUUUACGAGGCAAAGGCGAAAUUGUUGCAGAAGCUGAGCACAGGUUAAUGCUGGUGGGUGGGGCAUGCGAGCAGAGCUGGUGUGAGCGUGAGAGGGAGGGAGCACUAGGCAUCGUGCGGUGAGCGAGCGUGGAGGAAUGUAGAGCGGGAAGAACCGAGAGCGCUGCUUCUGCAACCUAGUGGGAAUUUCCUGGCUAUGACCGGGCAUCACAGAAGAGAGCUUUAAAUUAGCUGACAUGACUGCCCAGUGCAGUCGUACUACUGGGGUCAAAGCCAAUGGUCAAAAGCCAUUGAACUGAACGCUUCUGGACUGAAAUGUCAGGAUAGCGUUGACCGUGUUAAAAUGAGGCAGAACUGUGACGAGUGCAGUGUAGAGUCACAAAGAGCGUGAUGCUGCAUCAUUCUCGCAGCUUACAGUUUCAGGCCGUUUCUAUCCC